GAAGAUCUGGAGAACAUCGAGAUUUCUGCUGUGCAAGGGCGGGCUCGCGCAAUGUUUUGCUGAUGGAUCACAUCAUGCUGGAAGAAGACACCUCAGACAGUUAUUUGUCCAUUCAAGACUUUGCUGAUUUAAGGUUACCUCAGCAUCUCUCAGGUCACAGGCGGAACGAACACCAACCGAGUAUAAUGGUUGUCAGCACGCGGCACAACGAUGAAGGCACCAAGACUUCAGUGCCAGGCUCUACCGCGAAGCAACCGGUCUUUUUCCCACGUCCUGCCAAUAUCACCCAGAGUUAUCUAUUGGCUCCAGAACGUGUCGACUAUGGCAGUCCACAAUUCGAUGAAUUUUGGAAGCGCAGUGUGGAUAACAAGCUCGCCGCCGUCUUGUUUGACAUCUACCGUCGCUACCCGAUCCAUCGUCACUCAGAGCCGAACCAACCCGCAAACUCUGUGGAACAUGUCAAUGCUCUGAAAGACUACUCCGUGAACCAGUUUUCAGCGAGGAAUACAACCUAGGAACACUCAGAUAUUCCGCCGAGCAAGCGAAGUGUAACCUAUGCGUGUUGCUCUGGCCGGCAUGCCAGCAAACGGCACGGCCUCCGCCAACUACCGCCCGCUUUGAGCGCAAAGGCUCUUACAUAAACAUCAACUCCUCCGGCGGACCUGUUCUUUCCAUAUCCCUAACACCCUCUUUCAGUCUCCCAUCAGAAAAUGAAAACAGUGAGAUACAAGUCGGACUUGUGCGGCUAUCGCCCCUCAAUAGUGAUGCUCAUUUCGAAGUCAUCCGACAGCGGCUCGCAGAUUGCGACGAGAAUCACGGCUGUAUGACAACUGAUUCACACAAGCCCAUCUCAGCCACUCGAUCACAACUACUUCACACGCGCGUCAUCGACGUAAGCCCUCCUGGCUCUACUGAUGUCCGCCCAGUGGAAAUAGCCCGAGGAUCGGCCGGACGCUGGAUAGCAGUCUCGCACCAAUGGGGCGCCAAACCCUGGUUCUGCACCGUCAAGUCCAACCUUGCCUCUCACCUGAAGGGCAUCCCCCUGUCUUCGCUCCCUGCCGCAUUUACCGACACGGUGAAGGUGACACGUGCCCUUGGGUGCCAGUACCUCUGGAUUGACUCCAUCUGUGUCUUCAGAAGGAGGAGGAUGACCCAGGAGACUUCAACAAGGAGAUGAAAAACAUGAAGCAGUAUUACUCUGGGGCAUACUGUGUUCUGGGCCUCAGCGCGGGCGAGGGACACGGGGCUGGGUUUCUAGCGGAGAGAAAGAGAAGGGAAGUGGUGACGUUUGAAGGUGGAGGUGGAGGCCAGUUUCACAUUACGGAAGCAAUAGAUGAUUUUGGGAAGCAGGUUCUUCAAGGGCCGCUCAGAAGUCGGGGGUGGGUGUUGCAGGAACAUGCUUUGGCGAGGCGAGCGGUGUUCUUUACGGAGGCUCAGACGUAUUGGGAAUGCGGAGAAGGGGUUAGGUGCGAGACGGGCACAAGGAUGAAUAACACCCGCGCAGCCUUCUUGGGCGAUCCGAACCUCCUCAAUGAAUGUUGACCAAGGCGAAAAGAUCCUACGCUGCCAAAACCUUUUCAAGGUCUACUCACAUCUAGGGCUGACCAACAGCUUUGACCGCCCAGCAGCCAUCGACAGCCUCCAGUCUCGAAUCUUACGAGCCCUCAAGGCCAAGGGCAGGUUCGGUAUCUUUGACGAGGGCAAGUCUUUGGGUCUUUUGUGGCGUAGUCUACUGUGGCAGCGGAUAAUGGUUCCGAUGAUGGCAUCAGCACCAACACAGAAAAGUUGAUACCCAUCAUCUUUCCCCCAGACAGGGCCAUCUCUGCGGUGCCGUCGUGGUCGUGGAUGAAGUACGAGGGCGGGAUCAAGUAUGUGAAUGUCGUGUUUCAUAGUGUGGAGUGGAAAUGGGUUGAAUCACCCUGGUUUAGGACGAGGCAUCGCCAACAGUCUGAGAGGAGACCAGGGGGCAAUGAUAUCACUCUGGUGACCAAGGUACAAGAUGAUGGUAAUCGGUAUGGAGAGGGAAUAAUCAUCUUGGGUUGUCCUGGACAAUCAAGCCCACAUCUGCCACACAAAGUGUGUGGUUUUGGGAAGGCAGAAGCACUUUGACGAGAGGAAUGGGAGAAAGCAGCUUUGUUAUAUUUUGAUACUGCGUGAGACUGGGGGCAGCUUCAUGCACCCAGGCCACGGGAAGCUUAAGAUUUAUGAGCGAACUGGUGCUGGGAGUCUACCAGUCACAUGUUUGGAUGGUGGAAGAGUAAUGGUCGCGAUUGAACAGGGAAAAGCUGAGGUGAAUCACAGAAACCAUACAAGACUGUGGCAUACCAGCUGACCUUAACUAGAUGGCAGGCGACCCUGAUUUCAAUGUGUUUCAUUGUCUCCCAAGUUACUCACUUGUUAACUUUCCUACCUACAAUCACAACUAUACAAUAAGCAGU